AUGAGCAGAGGACACAUUAAAGACAGCGCUAUGCACCCGAACCCCGCAGUACUUGCCUCAACUGGCCCCGUCGUCCGACGCAGGUGGACUCCUGCGGAAGACGAUAUACUCCGUACCGAGGCGGAGCUCCAAUCAAAAGACGGUCGGCCCAGUGACUGGAAACGGAUAGCACUGCGGAUACCUGGCCGCUCCAACAAGGACUGCCGGAAGAGGUGGAACAAGAUCUUCACCCGUAUCAACAAAGGCACCUGGAACCCGGAAGAAGACGAGGCUCUGCGGGAGGCCGUGAUGCAGUACGGCUGCAGGUGGGCGCAGGUGGCACAGCAGGUGGGAAGCAGGAACGCCGAACAAUGUGCGAAGCGGUGGAACCACUCUUUAGAUCCAGAGGUCGACCGCAGUGUGUGGACCAAGGAAGAAGACGCAUGCUUGCUGGAUGCCAUCACCAAGUACGGCAAGAGUUGGAAGACUAUUGCGGAGCAGGUCUUCCCUCGUCGCUCCACUACGGACAUCAAGAACAGGUAUAGCAUCAUUAUACGGCGGCAGAGCCCAAACAGAGAAAGCAACGCCACCCUAAAGAUGUCCGAAAGUCCGACUCCCCAAGGUAUCUCCAGCCCGGAGGACCUGGGAUCCCUGUCCGAGCCGCUGGGGUCCAGCAUCUCUUCCAACGGCUCGCCAUCACAUUUCGACGUCCUAUCGUUCUCCAGCUCCUCGCCUGAAAUGACCGAGGUCCUACCAAGUGUUGACAACACUUCCAUUGUCGGUCUGGGCGUCGGCCUGGAUAAAUCGAUGUUUUAUGGCCUCUCCCACGUCGACCCGAAUCUUCACAUCCACCCAACCAUGGACGCAUUUAAUGCUCUGCCUUGGAAAUUGGAAGAUACCUUCUCAGGCCAAGUGGAGCAAAAUUUCAAUUCCAGCGGACCCAUGCACUGGGAGGGGGGCUAUGAGGACCUCUCUGCUGGUGGUGUAAUGACGGUACAUCACGAAGAUGAUGCGCAUUGCGCAUCAACUCCGAACCCAGUCAACACACCCAACAGUUCGUCCAAAGUUACGUUGCAAAUGGAGGGCGUUUCAUCACAUCUCCUACAUCGCAUGCUUGGCAUGUUAUUAGAGUCGCAAACGCAGUUCAAGAUAGAAAGUCGGUAG